AUGGAGCCGCCGGAUGAAAUGAGCAAAGAGCCGGAGAAGGUGAAACAAAAACACGUUUUCAUGCAAAAUGAGUGCGAAAAAUGGUGAAAAAACUCGAUCGAUUCAAAAUUUUUAUUGCGCAAUGAAAUCCGCUCUUUUUUAAGCCAAAAUAGGGCAACAACACGGAAAAUUUGUGUCAUUUCCGACGAAAGUCCGAAUUUCCACUUCCGCGGCCCAAAAAAGAGUUGUUUUAUGGGUCCCUGGCGCCAAAUUUAUAAGAAUUUCCAUCGGGAAUCUCAGUUUUGUUCGCCGUCGUCCGAACGAGGCCAAUUGUCUCGAGAGAGUGCUUGAAUGCGUAUCCACAAGAAGCAGAAUUCUCAUGAUUCUCAGCCUUUCUCUCCUUUUUUUAUACGUCUUUAGAUACAAAUAAUUGUGGAGCGCGAGCAGAGAAAAACGCGGAAAAGUGUGUAUUUCCUACGCUUUUCAGCUCCGUCGCAUUUAUUUUAUUUUUUGUUGCUGUGCUGCGUGUCAGGAACCUCAGACUUCCUCCUCCUUCAGCGUUAUAAGGAUUUAUGAAAAGUUCCCGAACAUUCUGAAGCAGUUCUUCAGAAUAAUCGAUGAGCUUAUUAGCGUUUAGUAAUGGAUACUUUUCCCGGGGAAUAAAGUUCUCGGGUAACGUUUUGUAGACUCGUUUUUCACAGCUAUGGUUGAAUUCUAUUAGAAAAUCAUAGAUGUCUUCAAAUGUUCCACAAUGGGCCUAAUUUGAGUAAACAGGAGAAUCACGGAAUCCUUUUUCACCUUUUGAAAGUAAGGUGUUUGAUGUUUUCUAUGCUUUGAAUUCUAUGCUAAUUUCCUAUAGAAGUCAACAAGUUUUACCAAUGGAAUAGCACGAAUGUCAACUAACUGUUCUGAAUAAGCUCAAUAAGAAAUGUUUAUGAAUCUUGAUAGGUUUUACUUGUAUUAUAAUACUUUUGCAUUCAGAAAAGUUAGCUCUCUCGUUCGCUUUAACGACUUUUGCUUUUUACAACAUUCUUCGAUUCUGCAUAGCCUUUUCCUGAGCCGAUUCAAAAAGUGCAGCGUCUCUUCCGAUCAUUCUCUAGUAUGGAAUUCGUUCGGAAAAAUUAGCAUAAUCGGAAAAUCGCUUUCUUUGAAUACAUAGAGAAAAGAGCGUUUGAAGUGUGUUCCUGCUUCACUCAAGAGUUUUUUAGCGUUCAUUCUGACCUCCCUUGUAAGUGAUUCGAUCGAGAAUUUUACGGAGAAUUCGAAUCUGCUCUUUAUUUUUGCUGAACCUUACUGGCUUACGAGAAAAGUUCCACAGCAAAUGUUUAUUUUUUAAACAACGAAGCACUAACGCUAAUGACUAAUGGAAUAUUCGAUACCUUUUCUUGUCUACUCUUACUUUCUCUCUCCGUUUUCAGCUAUUCAUAGACUACUGCUCAGUGCCACGUGUCACUUUUGAUAAACGAGCCAAACAGAACCGUUUGAUCCUUUUUGCAUUGGGAAAUGAGCCCAUUUCCCGUGGCGGUCCCCCGUAAUUACCUCGCAGGUGGACCCCUCUCGGUUGCCCCUCUCAACGAAUCCCUCAUCCAUUUUGCCGAGAAAGCAAAAACAUUUUUAUUUUAAGGCCGCUGCUCCUGCUCCUGCUCCGAACUCGGAUGACGUCAUCGGCACGAAAGACGGCGAAAUGUAUCUAAAUGGAAAUUCGCCCUACUAUCCGGGAUUCUAUCCGAAUCGAUUUGUAAGUGCGCACCAACGCGCCACCAAAAUGAGCGAAAAUGUUGCAUUUCCACAAAACACUAUCCCGAUUCCCCGGCAAAAAAAAAACUCUGUUUUCCCACAUUUGCCAACUUUCGCAUUCCCAUGCCUUCGGAUUUGAAGCGAAUAGAAAGAGGUGUCUCGUGGUUUGGACAUGAGAUGCUCGCGGAGCACACACACACACACACACACAACUAAUUAAUUUGGUCCCCGAGCCCGUCGACGCCUCGUUUCUCACAUUUUUCCUGAAAAUUCGAUAUUUUCCGCUCUAUUAUGAGGGGUAGAAGUAAACAUUUCUGUUCGCUUAAAAACACAAAGUUCGAAAUGUGAAAAAUGUGUUUAUUGUCCGACCGAAAAAAGAGAUUUUAUUAUCCGCGCACUGGUGCGUGUACUGCUUUCUUGCUUUGUUGCUCCCUCUCUCUCUCCCUUCCAAUUCAUCAUCUUCCUCUUCUUCUUCUUCUUCUUCAUCUUUUUCUGCUCACUUCUUGUUAGAUUCUUAUUCGAACAACAAAGAAAACUUCUUUUUUUCUCGUUAUUCUCACGUUCGCUUAACCUUUUCCCCACUUUUCCCGCACGCAUUUCCGUUUUCUGCUCGUUCUGUGUGUCUCGAAACGAAACGGCCAGUUUUUUGAACGCUGAAAACACUUUGAGGCCAGAAAUCACUCGAAAUCGUUAAAAACCACUUUAUUAGCGAUUUUUUUUCAAAAAUUGAGCCAUCCGGUUCAAACAUUGUCUGUUUAACGCAAUUUUUACAAUAAAAACUCGGCGGUAGAGCGCGAUUGCCAAACUUUAGCGAACCUUCGUCGAAAAGCGUCGUGUUUACCCGUUGCGCUCAAGCAAAAGAAGGACAUUCUCUGCUUUUUCACACUAUCAAUUGAUGUAUGGAAUUCGAGAGUGAGAGAGCACACUCCUCCUCUCACUUUCACUUCUUCUUCUUCUUUUCGAGAACACCCACUCGUUCGAGGGCCUUUUUUUUUGUGUUUGUAAACCAAGAAGUGCCCAAUUAAGCCAUUGUUGUCCGUUUUCUCGCCGCCCAAUCGCGAAAAGAGCGGGUAAUUGGUGGUAGCCAUGACAACCGUGUCUCGAAACGAAUUUUGCACAUUCUCCUUUCUUUUGACUUAAUUUUGUUCGUUGCCCUGGCACGUUUUGCAAGACACUAAUCGGCGGUCCAAAAUAAUAGAACUGGGCACAAUAUAACUCUUUUUGAGUAUUUAUAUGAGCAUUUUGUCCGUUCCUUUCAGUUAACUUUCGCAAAAUUGUUCGUCUCUCGAACAAUUAAGCAGAAGACCACAGUUUGAACCUAGAAAAUUGGUUUCCAUUCGUUUUUGAUAGUACAAUAAAACUAUUUUCUGUGGGUUUUCGUUACCGUAGAGAAGAGGGAUCACGAUGGAAGUGAAAUUAGUGAAUGCAAUAAAUCGAUCACAGAAAUUAUCUUUUUCUACGAAACAAUUAUUCUACAGAAAGGUUUAAAACGCGCUCGUUAUAUUGUGUCGCGGUUCUAUUCUGCACAGUUCUAUUAUGUUGGACCGCCCACUAAAUUUCCGAAAAAUAAGACCGCUCUAGCGUGGCCGUGGCCGAGCUUUUUCGGAAGUUCGGCCACGACCACACCGAUGUUUUCAGCUGCCGUUCGCAUCGACAUCCGUGCAGGCGACGACGUCUUCGGCCGCGGCGUCGUCCUCCUCGCCGCCCACGCUUUCCGACGGAAGACACCUGCAAAACGGAGGGCAAUAUCGGCAGCAGAAUUCGAACAAUUUCAACUCGAAUCAUGUGAUCAGCGAUACGGUUGCAGUCGCCGGCGACGAUCUGAGCAAUGUUCCCGCCGCUGUUAUCAUACAAUUGGGUAGGACUUUUCGACGAAUUUCUUAUUUCCAGCGGGAAACCGCGAAAAUUCAAUGAAAAACGGCUGUUUCUUAAUUUUGGGGUUUUAAUCGAUGAAAAUCGUAAAAAUCGAAAAGAAUUCCGAGAAAUUCUCUCCACCGCAAUUUUAGCGCAAAACUCGAUCACGGCCUCGAAAAAACUCAUUUUUCUUUCAGAAAGAGCAAAUCGAACGAUCGCCGCGCAAAAUGUGGAACUUGAUCGGCUCAAAACGUUCCAAAAUCAGAAUAUAGAGACGCAUUUGUUGCGGAAACAAAUUGCGGACCUCGAAAAAGAAGUGCGAACGAGUCGGGAGCGAUUUCUGGAGCAACAAGAGCUGCUGGCCGAGAUGAGCCGCGAAAUGGACAAAAUGCUCCGCGAGAAGCACCAAAUGCAGCACAAUUACCAGGAAGUGGAGAAAAAGUACAAAAAAGCAAAGUUCGCGAGCCGAGAACUCGCAAAAAUACUCGAAAACGACUUGUGCGGCACACCGACGACUUCAAAAGCGAUCAGUGGAUUCGAGUCGGACGACGAGGCGAACGAAGGACUGUUUGGGCGGUCGCGGGCGCUGAGCCGCCAGCAGGAGAGCCACGAGUUGCGGGCGAAAGCCGACAGAGUCGUCGAGCAGGCGGAGCUCCGGAAGCAGCGGGAAGGCGAGAAAGUGAUGGAGAAAAUACUGGGCGAGAACGAGAACCUGCAGCUCGAGCUGCAGAGGGAACGUCGGAUCAACGAGUCGCUGCAGGACGACCUCGAGACGAAUCGACGAUUAGUUUUCGAUCGGGACGAGACGAUCGAGGGGUUGCGGGCCAAGCUGGGGAAGGCGGAAGCGAAGGCGACACAGUGCGAGACCGAUCUCUCGAGGACCAGCACCGAUCUGGCGUUGGAACGCGCUCGGUGCGACGCGUUGACGCUAGAGCUCCACGAGUUGGACGCCAUCUUCAAUCAUGUCAGUUUUUCAGAAUUUUUCUAAACAAAAAGAUUAACGUUUUUUUUCAGACGCAGUCGACCGUUCAAGCAUUCGCCAUCGAAAACGAGGAUCUGGAGGAGAAGUGCCGAGACGCGCACAAGACGAUUUUGACGUUGAACGCCAAGUUGUAAGUGCUCUAAAUCGAUGUUCUCGUUCCGACAAGAGACCAUUCAGAAAUGACUGUCCUCUGUGCUGUCCUUGUGAGUUUUCACAAUCAUUAGAGAAUGAUCCAUUGCAAAAAAGGUUUUGCGGAACAUGAUUUAUAUGGGUCGAAAGAUCUGAACGACAGUAUUCCAAAAGGUCGGCAGCAAAAUUGAAAAACAUUAUUAUAAUUCUUCGGUUAAGAUCUUUUGACCCAUGUGAAUAUUGUUUCAGAUAACUCACCAAAGUUGUGUAGCACCAAUAGCACAGCUUUCAUAGUCGCUAGUAGUUGAUGACCUAGAAUCCGACACAAUUCUUCCAUUUUUGCAGAGAAGCGCAAGGAAUGGACCUGGCGACGACGAAACGGACGCUCCGAACGAUUCGAGAUGCGAACGAACAGAGAAGUGGACCGUACUAG